ACACGCUGAAGUUGUCAUGAGAUGGUCACGUGAGGAAACUAUAUUAAGAAUGGAAUAUUCAAGAUUUGAACUGCCAACAUUUGUGUAGCCUAUCUGCUAGAGCUUGCGGUCUGAUACAAGCACUCUACCACCAUCAUUCCUUCCCCGCUAGGUGACUGGUGACAACAAGGAAAACAACCAUCAUAACGCACACCCGUCAACAUCAACACUAGAACAAUGUCGGGCUCUGACGAAAAAUUCCCCCGUAGCUUAUCCAGCGUCCAGUACAGCGAUAUCAAACAGAUACAGUCGAUCCUCCGAAAAACUUCAGAUGCCAAACCAAGUGAAACGGAGGUCCAAGACUUCUUGACAAAUCUAGGCGCCAAUUUGUUCGCUGCUGGGAAAAGCACCAAAAGGGUGCAGUCCCCCUCUUCAGUUUCCUCCAGUCAAAGGAGUUCCAAUCAGGAAGAACUAAACGAACAAAAUAAUGAAUUUGUUCUUAAAACGAAACAAAAAGAAACAACGGUUCACGGGCGUCACCCUGCCAUUACUUUCAACCUCCCCUCAAAGGUUAAGAACCUUUACUUACCACCCGUGCAAGCAGUUCAAUCCAAAAAAAAAUAUCAACGCGUACCGACUGCACAAAAUGCUGUACACUCAGGAGAAGCAUGAACAGGUGCUUCAAAGCUUGAAAGAUUUGAAGGAAAAGAAAUUCGAACAAGCCAUGUUGAAACAAGAACUGCGCGAGGUCUGUUCCCAAAGAAAACGUAAAGAGGCGGUGUUCAAACGUCAGGCGAUCACAGAGCGUCUGGAGUGGCAUUUUGGCGAGAAAAGAAAAAUCCUGUCCGAAAUUAAAAUUCUCAUCAUCGGUGGGGGUAUGGCGGGCUUGAGUGCCGCCAAUCGGCUUUUGGCGCUUGGUUAUAGGAAUGUCAAAAUAUUGGAGGCUUCAAACAGACUUGGAGGCCGCAUCAAAAGAUUUGAUUUUGGCAAAAACUCGCAUGAUUUUGUAGAAUUAGGGGUUGAGACGUUCCUUGCCGGUUCCUCCAGCAGUUCCAUUGACAGUCUGGCUUUACAAAAUAAUGUUGUACUGAAGCCUGUGGACGAGGCAAGAAUAGUCUCAAUCCUGAACUCCAAAGGCGACGAGAUCAGCACACGCUCCAUUCACCGCGGGAUGCGCAUCUUCAACCAAAUGGAGACGCAAGGAGAGCUGAUCUACACUCACAUAGCCGACUCGAGCGACACGGUGAACUUGUCCUACGCCAACUUCUUCCGGGAGAAGCUGAGGCGACUCCAUGGUGGGAAUCACAAACAGGCCAUCGCCGUUAGAGACGCCUUCACGUGCUUGUAUGACGAGAGUAGGCGCGCGCUGGGGGACAGUGCCGGGAACAGCGCCGUCCAGUGGUUCAGUCACAACAACAGCAGGCUGCCUAGAGGGGCCAACAGGGUGAAGAUCCCCGACAGUAUGUCGAGUCUCGUCCACUGCCUGACCAAGCAAUUCAAACCCGACGCCGUUUGUUUCAAGGCAAAAGUCGUCCGCGUGGAUUGGUCGAUGAAAAUGAAAGAAUCCACCGUUCAGGUGGAGUGCGCACACGGUCAAACAUUUACAGCCAAUCAUGUCAUUGUUGCGGUGCCGCUCGGUGUCUUAAAAAAGCACCACGCGUCUAUUUUCAGCCCCGAACUGCCGAAAGAAAAGGUCAAGGUUAUAGAAAAUGUCGGCUUUGGUUCAGUCUCGAAACUUUUUGUCUUCUUCCACAAAUCGAACGUCUUUUCUCCCUUCAGUCUCCUAUGGCGAAAAGCCGCACCCACCAGCCCGGAGGGAAGCGUGACCCUCAAUAUAAGAACUCUAAAAAGAUGCAUCGUGGAAGUCUCCUCUCUCGGGAGUUAUUUAGAGGACGUCAGCGAAACGGAAAUAGUUGAAGAGUUGGUCCAAGUUUUGUCUGUUUUUCUACAAAAACCCCUGCCCUAUCCAGAACGUUUCAUCCGCUCCAACUGGCACCGUGACUCUCUCUUCUACGGCACCCACCCCUACUUGACCACCAGCUGCACGCUGGCAGAUUUUCAACUGCUAGCCAAGCCCUUGGUUACGCAUCGUAACCUCCCUGCAGUCCUGUUUGCUGGAGACUACACGUACGACAACUAUUCAAACCUGCUGGACGCCGCACGACGGAGCGGCUUGCGGGAAGCCGAACGGAUUAACCAGUUGUACAACAAAUACUUUGGAUACGAAAACACGAAUCCCUGAUUAAAUAAGUGGUAUUUUGGUAUAUAUAUAUUUUUUAAAUCGCAUAUAAUGAAACUCCUGUAAGGUUGCUGAAAUAGUGUCAUUAGGUUAGCAGGAUUGUAGGACUUUACUCGUUCACAAUAUAAUUGUGUUUGAUUUGACCCGAACCCAAUGUUUUGACAGACCUUUUUUCUAGAAUUCAGAGGCCAUUAGACAAUCAACCCCCUUUCUCCCCACUAAAUCGUUCACUUGUUAUAAACACAUAAAUCCAGCAUUGUAGCGCAUCUCUACCCGGAAAGAUGAACAUUUCCGUAUGCUUGCAACUUUAUUCGAAUUUGGGCAUAUAUUAUCCCCC